AUGUCGGAACUUCGCCAGCGACAGCCUGCCACGUCCGCAGGAUCCAGUCAAAAUGCAGAGUCCGCCCCGCAACGCAGACAAGAGCGCCGUGCCGACGCAGAAGAAAGCCACGGCAUCAGCACCCUCGACAUCAUCCGCAUCAUAGCUACUUUGAUCCUCGCAUCAUGCGGUCUCUCCUACUACAUCACCAAUUCCGAAUCCCUACUAUGGGGCUACCGGCCCUGGUUCACUCGCUGGCCCGUCGUGAAAACCUACCUGACCGGCCCAGUUAACCUCACCCCCGCCGAACUCUCCCUCUAUAACGGCUCCGACCCAUCCCUCCCGAUCUACCUCGUCGUCAACGGGUCUAUCUUCGAUGUCUCCGCGAACCCAGCUAUCUACGGACCCGGCGGGAGCUACAAUUUCUUCACAGGCCGCGAUGCAACCCGCGCCUUCGUGACGGGUUGUUUCAAGGAGGAUUUGAAUGGGGAUUUGAUCGGGGUGGAGGAAAUGUUCGUUCCUGUUGAGGAUGUCGAGGAUGAGGGUCUUACGAGUGCGGAAAGGAAGAUUCGUCGUGAGCGGGAGGUUCGUCUUGCUCGGACUGCGGUUGAGAAGACGGUGGAUCGGUGGGAGGCGUUCUUUAGGGAUCAUAAGAAGUAUUUCCAGGUUGGGAGGGUGGUGAAUGAUGGGGUUGUUGAUGCUGAGAAGGGGAAGAGGGAGUUGUGUGAGAGUGCAAGGAAGCAGAGGCCAAAGAGGAGCGAGAUGAAGGAGAAGUCGUAA